AUGCAAAUCACCAACCUCCUCGGCCUCUGCCUUCUGGCCAUGACUGCCAGCGCGGCUGCCAUGCCCCGAUUCGCCGGCCCUUACCACGGCGAACGCAUCUCGGUGCAUGUGCCUACCAAUGCCACUACUCCCCACAAUGCCACGACCACCGGAAUCAGGGGAAAGGCGCCACUGUCGACCGGUCUGUCGAAGGCGAAGAACGGAACUGGCCGUAACCAGCCGGCGCAUGCUUCGCACAGCCCACAAAAGGCCGAUAUCCCGUUGAACUCGAACAUCCCGAACCACAUCAAGCACAUCAAUCACUGCCAUGAACUGUGCUCGUUGGAGUCGCAGACUUGCACGAUUGCCAUGCCCGAUGAGGAUGAGUACUGCUCCAAAACGUAUAAGCAGUGCAUUGCUAAGUGCCAUCCGUCGGACUUCGAGUGA